AUGGCCGGCAAGCCCAUUAAAGACGUCGUUGGCGUCGCAAAGAAAUACACGCAACAAAGCUAUGGCAUCUGGGAAACCAUCCGCAAAAUAUUUGCAAUGGACCCGACCCGAAGCAACGGGGUUCCUGUUAAACACUUCCGAAACCCGACCCCAGGAGGUCUCGAUCCUCUUUCAUAUGAUCCCUCGGACGCGGUGACCACGCCGGCCGCCGACAUUGCGGACAAUCCAUACUGGAAGAGAGAUGUGCGAAGGGCGUAUCCGAAGCUGAGCACCGUGACACAGGGUGAUGUCGUGGGCUUGUUGACCGUGGGAAGUGCCGCGAAUCCUAGUCCGAAGCUGUUGGCGGGAGAGGAGGGAUCGAAGCAAUUGGUCGCUGUCAAGACUGAGGGCGAGAAGGGUCUGGCUGCAUACUUUGAAAGAGAGAAGACUCCACAGGUGGUGCUCAGUGAGGAUGGCCUCCCUCCAAAGCCUGCGGCCUUUGGCCGGUUACCAGGAAAGAAAUACGAGAUAGGCCCCACGAGUUACGGAGAAAGUUACCCCUGCCGAAGCUUUGUUUAG